AUGGGGCACUCGGGGCUAUUUCAAAAAGGAGGUGUGGUAGUGGAUGAUGCGGGGCUAUUCCCAGAUGGAGAUUUGGUAUGGAGGGGCGAGGGGGAGGGCAUAGUCCUAGUUGGGCUAUUCUCAGAUGGAGUUGUGGUGAGGGGGGUAAUCCUAGUUGGAAAGGAGGGUCCUAAUUCGAGAGUAGGGGGCGCAGGGCUAUUCCUAGAUGCAGGUGUGGUAGCGGGGGGCGAGGGGGAGGCGCUCAGGGCUAUUCCCAGAUGGAGGUGUGGUGAGGGGGGGGUAAUCCUAGUUGGAAAGGAGGGUCCUAAUUCGAGAGUAGGGGGCGCAGGGCUAUUCCUAGAUGCAGGUGUGGUAGCGGGGGGCGAGGGGGAGGCGCUCAGGACUAUUCCCAGAUGGAGGUGUGGUGAGGGGGGUAAUCCUAGUUGGAAAGGAGGGUCC